UUCCCGGUCGUUUGACGUUUGCUCUCCCGCCGAUUUUUUUUGGGCAUUUUUCCUUUCAUUCGGUUCGCUCAACUGAAUUGGAUUCGCAAAAGCCUACGAGCGGAAGCGGACGGCUGGAGCGAAUAGUCGAAAAGAAGAAGGCGUAGCAGAAAGUUCGGUUGGUGUGGUGUCUCGUCGAGUUGUGCAAAUUGAACUUCGGAAAUAAAGUGAGCGACGGAAAUCGUUGGAGUCUCAUAGGAUUUAGUAAUUCGGAAAGACCGAGAUCUCGAAAUGGAGCAAAUCAUAGCGAAUUUGUUGGCUGCCGAUAGCGAGCUGAUCAAGAAGGCCACAGCAGAUCUGCAAGAGGCGUACAAACACCCGGACACAAUCCCUCAAUUGUGCAAUAUUACGGUGUCGGCGAAGGAACCCCAAGUUAGGCAAUAUGCAGCUGUGCUGCUGAGGAAGAGGCUCGGAAAGUUGCGAGUGUGGCAAACGGUGCCACCAGACCAGCAGCAGAUCAUCAAACAAGGAAUGUUAAAUGCAUUGGUUAACGAAACUGAAAAACCUGUUCGCAAUGCAAUCGCACAAUUUGUCGGAGUUUUAGUCAAACAUGAGUUCUCCAAACAAGACUCAUGGAUGAAUGAAGUCUUGAAAUUUAUUUUCGAGCACUGCAGUUCAUCGGACUCGAGACAAAGCGAAUUAGGAUCAUCGAUAUUCGCUGUUCUCGUAGAUGUUGCGCCUGAUCAAUUUGUACCACACAUGGAGUCAAUUUGUGAAAUGUUCACGGCAGCGAUGGUAACAACUGAAGCAAGUGGAAACAUGGCAACCCCUGUCAUCUACAAUAUUCUACUGGGCAUGGGUUAUCUGGUGCCAUUUGUUCUAGGACAUAAUGCAGCUGAAAAUACAUAUCAAAAGUUAAUUCCACACGUUGUAAAGGCUCUGCAAGGGUUUGCUCUUACUGAUCCCGAAAAGUUCGUAAAGGCUUUCGACAUUCUUGAAAACUUGGCAGAUUACGCACCAAAACUUUUAUCUUCAAACCUGAAAGUUCUGCUUGACUUCUGCCUUGAAGCAUCGAGUAACAACCAAUUGGAAGGUUCUGUUCGAGUCAAGUGUGUAGCCUUCAUCGGCUGGUUGGUUCGUUUGAAAAAGAAGAUGAUCAUCAAGCAAAAACUCAUUGAGCCAAUCAUACAAGUUGUCUUCAAUCUAAUGGCAACUCAGCCAGAAAACGAUGAUGAAGAUGAAGACUAUUUCCUGGGUGAAGAUCAAUCGAAUCCAAUGACUACAGCAACACAAACUAUGGAUUUGCUUGCAUUACACGUCCCGCCAGAGAAACUUAUCCCACCGUUGCUACAACUUUUGGAGCCAGCUCUCAAGGGAACAGAUCCAUUGCCAAAGAAAGCAGCUUAUUUAUGCAUGGCAGUUAUAGCGGAAGGUUGCUCGGAGGCAAUUUGUCAAAAAUAUUUGCCGGUUUUGUUGGAAAUUGUUAAAGUCGGCAUAACUGAACAAAGUCCUAUUGUUCGAAAUGCUGCGUUCUUUGCUUUGGGACAGUUUUCAGAACAUCUGCAACCUGACAUUACGAAAUAUGCUCCUGAAAUUCUUCCAAUAUUGUUCCAAUUUUUACAACAGUUAUGCAAUGAACUUAAGGCUGGAGGAAUUGAACCCAAACACAUUGACCGCAUGUUCUAUGCUCUUGAGACAUUCUGUGAAAAUCUCGAAGAUGCGUUAGUGCCUCAUCUGCCAGUACUUAUGGAAAGACUUUUCGAAGCACUGGAUUCCAAAAAUUCGGUUCGUCUACGGGAACUGGCUUUAAGCGCUGUAUCUGCCGCAGCAAACGCAGCUAAAUCAAACAUGUUACCAUAUUUCCCAACAUUAAUCACAGGAUUGAAAGUGUACCUCGUCAAAUCAGAAAAUGAAGAUAUUUGCACUCUGAGACCACAAGCAAUUGACACUUUGGCCGCUUUAGCUCGUACAAUUGGAAAGGAGAACUUCCUUCCAUUGGCGAAUGACACCAUGAGCUUCGCACUGAGUCUUUUGGAAGAUGCCGAUGAUCCUGAUAUCCGUCGUGCACUAUACAAUCUGAUUGCAUCCAUUGCUGAGGUUGUCAACGAGGAAAUGGCUGCAGUAUUGCCGAAAAUUAUUGAAAAAAUGCUAACCACUGUGCAAAGUACUGAAGAAGUCGUUCCCGAAUUCAAGGAAGAUGCAAUUUUCGAUGUUCCAGAUGAAAAUGAUGAGAACGAAGAUAAGGAAAUUGAUAUUGAACUGUCUGAAGGCGAAGAGGACGAUACAGACAAUAUCGUGGGUUAUAACGUGGAAAAUGCUUAUGUAGACGAAAAAGAAGAAGCAAUUUUGGCUCUGAAAGAAAUCGCUGAACAUACCGGCAAAGCUUUCAUUCCAUAUCUCCAAACUUGCUAUGAAAAUGUCUACAAAGUCAUUGAUCAUCCACAGGACGACAUUCGAAAAGUUGCAAUUGAUGCAUUAACAGCUUUCAUCAUUGCACUUCACAAGCAGAAUGACACUCAGGGUGUAGCCAAUGCAGUGACAAUUCUAAUUCCAAAAUUGGCUGAAAUAAUUCAGACUGAUGAAGAGUGCACUGUUGUCAUAUCGGCUUUGGAAUCGUAUGCUGAUUUGCUGCGAGAAUUGAAAGAAUUGGCGAUUUCUGGUGAAGGAAGCCGCGAUACCAUUUUCAAUGCUAUCAAUGAUGUCAUGAAUAACAAAGUGGCUUGUCAAUUCGAUGAACCGGCAGGUGGUGGUGAUGAUGAACAAGAGGAAAGUGAAUACGAUGAGGCUAUUAUUGAGGCAGCUGGAAACAUCCUUCCCUUGUUGGGUUUGGCUCUUACUCCAGAACAGUUUGCUCUGUAUUUCGGUAGAAUAUGUCCGGUUUUGGUUCAGAAAAUUGAAAAGACACAAAACAAGGAAGAAUUGGAUUCGCAAAGAUGUUUCGCGUUUGGUGCCCUUUCGGAAUGUUUCAGACCGCUGCAAAACUACACUGCAACAUAUUUCGAGUCCUUGUUGCCUGUUCUGUUGUCUGGUGUUCAGGAUAGAAGUGAAUUGGUUCGUCAAAAUUCGGUGUUCGGUCUGGGUGAAAUCGUUCUUUAUGCUGAGGAAGUAUCAUACGACAAAUUCCCACAAAUUCUUGCAACUCUAUCGAGUGCAGUCUCCACUGAAAAACAUUUGGGCACACUUGAUAACAUUUGCGGAGCCAUCGCACGUUUAAUUAUAACAAAUCAUAAACUCGUACCGCUCGAGCAGGUUCUUCCGGUAUAUUUCCAACAUCUUCCAUUGAAGGAAGAUCUCGAUGAGAACAAUGCCGUCAUCAAAAGUCUUAAAAUUCUGUUCAUACAAGGCGUGGACGUUCUUGUAGGAUUUAUCGAACAAAUCGUAGCCGUCUGCCUUCACAUUCUCUACAAGAAGGAAUACAAAGAACCAGAAACCCAAGCAAACAUCAUGGAUAUCCUGAAAGUCGUUCGUGAGAAAUUCAACGAUAAAUUUAUGACCGUAGUUAACAGUGAUCCAGAGGUAGCGAACUUUGUUCAAACUCUGUAAAGGAUUCACGCUUCAGUUAUGAAAUCGAUACGCAUGUUUGGAAUUUAGGAAAAAGUGAAAGCAAAAGUUCCGGGUAAUUAUUUCGGCUAAUAUCAAUGCAAGCCUUUUUUUAAUGAGAGAAAGCUUUUCAGUACAAGAUGAGCGUAUGUUAAGUUUAAAGAUAGUUGGGCCUACUUUUAUUGAAUACGUUUUAUUCAUCCAUUUCGUCAGUUUUGUUGGAAAUACCGAGUCAUACGUCAUUGUUAUUUAUUUCGAACUGAAAACUCUUUAAGACAUUUCCACUUAACACGUUUCCCGGAGCGGAAUUAGAGAGUACCCUUCUCUCUUUGAUUGAACUGUGAUUUAUUUUUUUGUUUGCGGUUAUUUUAUUUUUGGCACACGUAUAUUUUAACGCAUUUAAUGAAACGUCGAAGUAUCAAAUGUCACGCGAAAUAGUUUUGCUUCUACGAGUAUUAUUUAGUUAGAGCAUGUGCGAGAAGUGAAUUUCCUCAAAUGCUUUCAUACGCAUUUUACCAGAAUCAGACUUUUUUUCUAUCAUUAGAAUAGCUUUUCCUCUAGCGUUUUGUCGAGAAGAAAAAUCGUGUUUGCCCUUGCGGAAUGCUGCUCUGAUCCUUAGCUACCUGAACGAGCUGAUAAGAAUGGGGCACAUCCGCAAAUACCAAGCGAUAUCCGUUCACUAUCCAUUUUCGAUCGCUUGCCUGAGAAUCUCGGUAAAACGUAAUUGUUUAAAGACGUUGGCUUAGAUGUGGGGAUCCCGCAUGAUCCAUGUGCUUGGAAACGAUGUAACGAUUAGAAUUUGUCCAUUUUCGGACAACAUAAACAAAUAUUUGUUUUAUUGCUAGGUUGUACUAGCCAAAAUUUCCUAGGAAGCGAAAUUAUUAAAAUAUACUCUAAAGCUCACUUGAAUUGAUGAUAUUUAAAGUUACAAAUAUAUAUUCGCGAUUUCGAAGAAUGCACGCAAAUGUUCAGGCUGUGAUGUGUGCCUUUGUUUUAAUGAAGGUUGUCUCGUGACAAUUCGCAUGUUAUGUACUCUCAGUAAAAUUGAAACUUUUUUUUGAAGCACUGUUUGUUAUCUCGGAAAUUACAUCACUCAUUUAUUGUUAAUUUUAGAAAUAUUUACUCUCGUUUAUUUAUAUAAAUACUUUCAAUAGCGGGUGAGAAGUAGAUUGAUAUUGACUGCAUAUGGAGGGUUUUCAGAGUUUCUAUUUUCAUUGCUGUAAGAACAAAGUGAAUACAUAGGUGUAAAUCAUCGAUUUUUCUGACUCCAUAUCCUUUUGCUCUAUCUCUCUCUCAUCAUUAAAGCAUUAAGUUAUCAUAUCAAGACACAAUAAAGCUUAAAACGCUGCGAAUUAAUUGAAAAAGUUAGAAGUACUUGAAAGAAAUACAUGGAAAACUGUGUUACGAGGUAUAGAAAGAAAAUACUAAAGCCAUACGCUCAUCUUUCAAAUGAUUAAUUUUUUAUAUGGGGAAAAAAAUGAGAAUGUUUGCACUAUUAUAUACACGUAUAUUGUAAUCCUAGCUCAGUAGGAUCUACAUAAUAUAUUUUUUCUAUAACGUUGUUCAAAAUUAAAACUACGAGAAAUGAUCAA